AUGUCUCGCCCAUUCAAGCCACGAGAUAUUGCCUGCGCCCGCUGCUUCCGAUUGAAGCGUAAAUGUGACCAUGUGAAGCCCACUUGCGGCGAAUGCCGCCGUAAAGGUGCCGAAUGUCUACCAGCCAGGUCGCGCAAGUCUGGAGAUAGCAUCACCGUCCCGGUCGCAUACCUGAAAGACCUCGAGAGGAGGGUUGCUGAGCUGGAGAACUCUUCUUCUGGGACAAGCAGUGGUGUGGAACUGUGUGAUACUGGCGUACAGACGGAUGCUGCAGUGAAUGAAAGCAAUGAUUUGGACAUGGCAUUGUGUGUGCCGUCGCCGUCGUGGAGAAAUGGGACCGAGGAAGAACACGCACUCGUGCUUUUACCAGGACUGCAGCCUCCGGGCCAGAUUUCUCAACUAUCACCGUUUUCCCAGUCAUCAAUUAUGGAUGCCUUCCUGCAAUUGAACGACGAAUCGUUUGAUUUUCUUCGCAUUGAGAAGGGGCCCACUCUUCCUUUGGCCGGCGAGGACUCCAUUUGGCUCACAGAGCUAUACACAAAUAUAUACUUCUCAAUAUCACAUCGCGAAUGGCCAUUCCUAAACGAGUCUGCUUGGAAGAUCUGGCAUCGCGAGGAGGGCGUAACUGGACAAGCGGAAUGGCAAUGCUUCUUCCUUCGGAUGGUAUAUGCCAUCGGCGCAUGCCUCUGCAGCACAAUGCACCGAGACCCGGCACAUCUGGCUCGUUCGAAGGCGCUUUAUGAUUCUGCAAUGAAUUAUUAUGCACAUGUUAUGGGACAUCCAUCUAUGGUCCUACAAGUUCAGGCGUCCCUGCUCCUGAUCGUCUACGCAUUGCAUUCUCCGUCUUCAGAGGAGAUCGCUACAACUGUCUCCUCAAUUUUACCGUUUUGCAUAACUGCGAUUACACAUCUUCAAAAAUCCGCCCGGACUCAUUGUCACGAUGAAGCAGCCGCAGCUUCUGGCGAGGUCAUGUCAGAGGGCAUGUUCAUCACUUGCUACAUGCUGAAUGAGAUUAUUGCUUCUGGAUGGGAUAGACCUGUGUCUCCUUCAUAUCGAACCGUGGAUGAUGAUUUUUGCAUCCUAGGAGACACGAUUCAAACCCCCUUCCGUACAAAUCCUGCACUGGGCCAUUUGUUCCGAUUGCGAAAAAUCCAACAUAACAUAAGGAGAUCGCUUGAGCAAUCACGUUGGCAGUUAUCCGAGGCAAAAGAUGCUUUCAACUCCUCCCUCAAGUCAGCCUUGGAUAUUUGGAGACAGGACAUACCCCGCUAUGGAAUCUCCAAUGUUCCCUGUGGAUAUUAUCAUCCGAAUUGGAUGAAGAACUUGUACGAUUAUAGUAUUCUGAUUCUGAUGGAAGAGAAGCGAAACUUCCUUGACCAGGAGGGAACGGAAGAGAUUUUCUCAGCGGUUGUGGAAGUUUGUCUGAAAUUCCGUCGAUUGCAGGAGGAAGGACAUGUCAUGUGCUUUACGUGGUCUGCGCUCGUGUUCCAGUUUAGAGCUGCUAUAAUGCUCCUUUAUUUGAUCUGGGCAACAAGACCAAUAAUGAGCAGUCUGGUCUUGCAAGGCCAGAAUGUUUACGACUCACCAGAAGCAAUCGAGGCAUGUACGAAGAACUUUGCAUGCUUUGCAGAUCGCUGGGAGGACGCCAUGCCAUACUCGAAAUUGUACCAAUACUUGCACCAGAAGAUCCUGCAGAGUACCGGGGUAAUAGGAAUGGACACUGAUCUUCCUACUCUGGCAGAGGCAGAGGCUCACUUGGAUCAACUGAAGGAGAAUUACCUGCACCGAGCUAUUCUAGGGAUGAUAGAGGAUAUUAUGUAUGGGGGAUUCGUGCAAUGUGAAGUGAUACCCGAUCUCCUUGUGACAGACAUGGAAUGA